UAAUUGCUGCUAAUUCGUUUAUAAUUUCCCUAAUUAACAUUGCAUAAUAUAUAUUUAUAAUUAAGUGUUUGUCAUCCAAUAUAAGGAGGAACGUGUUUGUUUGUUAGACACUAUACAUGAUUAUAGUUAACAGAUAUAUCAAAAUGAAAUCCCUGGUAGUUCUAUGUGUUUUGGUGGGCGCUUCGUAUGCCGUGGACACUUCAUUCUACAAAACAGCAGACGACGAUCUGGAUAUGGUGAGCUUGAUGAAGGAUCAUAAACGAGCUGAGGCGUAUCUUGAUUGCUUCCUGGGAAAGAAGCCGUGUGACGCGAUCGCAGCUAGCUACUUGCUAAUCAUACCAGAUUCGAUCCGUACAAGUUGCAAGAGAUGUAAUCCAAAGCAAAAGCAUUUGGCCAAUACGUUCCUUAGCGGUCUUCGCGUAUUGAUGCCUGCUCAAUAUGAAGAAUUUGUCAAGAAAUUCGAUCCUAAGGGCAUAUACAUGGACAAAUUAUUGGCACAAAUUAAAGGAUAUUAGUUUUGCAUUUAUGCUUUAAAUACUUUGUUUUGUUUUAAUAAACGAAUCUGUUGAAAAGUAA